GCAAUUCUUCUGCAAUUACAAUCAUCAUGUUUCUUCGUUUGGCGCUGCUUUGUGUGGCUCUUUUUGCCGUUGUGCAUGCGAAGCCUGGGGUUCUGAGCGACCCCAUUGAGGGUUCUCAGCCUGGCAGUGUUCGUCCAAUUGUUGUGCCGGAUCCAUUUACGGACACAAAGCAGCGCACUCUCGCAUUACUACUGCCACUUCUGUUUCCCAGCCAAUUCGCCUUGGGCUAAAUAUGCAAAUAAAGUCAACUAAAUGAGCUUAUAAUAUGGAAUGGACUGUUUGCAUUGGUAUUUGGGUAUGGUUGAUUGAAACCACAGCCGUACUUUAAGAUAAACUUUAUUCACAUAAAAAAUAAAUAA